AUGGAUGAAACAGAAUCCGUGAAGAAAUUGCUGGCUUCGCUUUCAAGAGGGAUAGACGACUUGGAGAAGAACGUGAAGUCUGAAGUUUUCAUAAGAAGUCUUUUGGAACACGUUCAGGAGGCGAAAUCUCCUCUUGAAAAAGUCGACCUGUACAAUAAUUACGCAUAUGUGAUAGCGUCCCUAUACUUUGUGCUGCUCAAGACGAGCGGCGAGAACAAAAAGAACGAACAUCCGAUCAUGCAAGAGCUGAAUCGCGUCAAACUCUACAUCGAUCGAGCGAAAAAAGCAGAGCAAAUCAAGAAGAAUGGUAAUAUAGAUCCAGAUGAGGCCUCAAAGGCUGCAGAGCGCUACGUCAAGAACCAGCUGGGAGAGAAGGUGGAGCCUGCUGUGAGUAAGGUUCAUUUUGAAGGAAGACAUACCAAAUUCGAUACAUCUGAAGAAAACGACAAGGACAGUGAAAGACCCGCCAAAAGACACAAACCAGACUCGAAAAAGAGCAGGUCCAAGACAAAGAAAUCCAAGGACCACUCCUUAGCAAAAUGA